AUGAGAGACUGUGCAGAGCCUUUGGCCAUUAUCGGCCUCGCUACUCGCUUCCCCGAUGACGCCAACAGCACAGAGAAUCUUUGGCAGUUCCUGCUGGAGAGACGAUGCGCUCACUCUCCUUUUCCGGCAGACAAGAUCGGGGCUGGUCAUUACCACCCCGACCCCGACCAUGGAGGAACGUUCGCCGUCAAAGGCGGUCAUUUUCUGAAGGAAGACCCAGCCUAUUUUGAUGCUCCCUUCUUCGGCAUCACGAAAGGAGAAGCCCUAUGCUUGGACCCGCAACAGCGGAUCGUCUUAGAGAAUGUGUAUCUGGCGCUAGAGAACAGUGGUCUGUCCUUGGAACAGGUGGCAGGAACUAAUACUUGCGUCUACGUUUCUGGCUUCAAUCAUGAUCACCUAUCCAUCCUCAACAGUGAUCCGGAAUCGACACUGCGACACCGUGUGACUGGACUGACUAAUUCCAUGCACAGCAAUCGAGUAUCGUGGUUUUUUGAUUUUCGGGGUCCGAGUGUGACCAUCGACACGGCAUGCUCCAGCUCCAUGGCUGCUUUACAUCUGGGUGCGCAGAGCGUGCGGACCGGGGAGAGCGACAUGGCUGUAGUGACGGGAGUGACGAUAAUCAACUAUCCGGGCGAUGUUGCGGGAAUGAGCCAUCAGGGGUUUCUGAGCCCAGAUGGCAAAUGUUUCAGCUUCGACCAUCGAGCCAAUGGAUUUGCAAGAGGAGAAGGAGUCGGUACAGUGAUUCUCAAGCGCCUGAGCGCUGCGGUAAGGGACGCCGACACCAUUCGUGCGGUCGUUAGAGGGACUGGAAUCAACCAAGACGGGAAGACUCCCGGGCUCACAUUGCCGAGCAGUGAUGCGCAGGCGGACCUGAUCAAGGCAGUGUACAAGUCUGCGUCAUUGGGCUUUGAUCAGACAAUGCUGGUAGAGGCGCACGGCACUGGCACAACCCAAGGAGACGCCAUUGAAGCCCGCGGCAUCGCACAGGCAUUCGCAGCGAGAAGCAAGGAGAACCCGCUCUAUUUAGCCUCUGUCAAGGCCAGCAUUGGACACUUAGAAGGCGCAGCCGGUAUCGCGGGAGUCAUCAAGUCCGUCCUCGCCCUGGAGCACGGCAUUAUACCUCCUCAGGCCAACUUCGAGAGGCACAAUCCAAAGAUUCAGUUUGAAUCUUGGAAUUUGCAGAUUCCAAGGCACGCAACGCCCUGGCCGUGCGAGGGUUUACGAAGAGUGUCAAUCAACUCCUUUGGUGUCGGAGGCACAAACGCACACGCGAUUCUCGACGAUGCAUAUCAUUUUGUGAAACAAUGUGGCCUCUCUGGACGGCAUCGCACAGCAAUCAAAGUACCAACCCCCGACGAGAUAGCCAAACUUCCGCAAUUGUCGCCAAUCAAGGCUAACUCGGUGACUGAUCAAUCCCCCCUAAACGGCGACAAGGGGGCAGGCACGACUGCAACGAAUGGCGACCGUCCGCAUCGAGAGUGGAAGGUUUUGGAAGAGAUGGCGACACCGCCUCAACUCGUUGGUCUUUCCGCUUUUGACGAGGGAGGAGUGGCCAGAAACUGCACGACACUGUCAAAGCAUCUCAAUCUGAAGGAAUGUGAUGGUCAACAUGACCCAGGCUUUGUCCGCGACUUUGCAUUCACAAUGCACAAGAGAUCCAAACUUGGCUGGAGACGUACAUUCCUCGCGAACAAUAGAUCAGAGCUGGCCUCGAGCCUGUGUUCUUUGCAAGCUAAACCGAUGCGGGCUCGCCGGACUGUGUCGGUGGCAUAUGUUUUCACGGGUCAAGGUUGUCAGUACGCGCAGAUGAGCCGCGAGUUGUACGGAUAUCCUGUCUUUCGGCGCAGUCUGGAAGCAGCAUCCGUGUUCUUCCAGUCACUGGGGGCAGAGUGGUCGCUACUUGAUGAGCUCGCAAUGGGUGAGGAAGAAAGCCAUGUCGAUCAACCAUGGCUCGCGCAGCCGUCUUGUACAGCCAUCCAAGUGGCCCUGACAGAGCUUCUCAGCUCAUGGGGCAUUUCGCCUGCAAGAGUGGUCGGCCACAGCUCGGGCGAGAUUGCAGCCGCCUUUGCCGCGGGAAAGCUGAACAGAGAGUCCGCAUGGCGGGUAGCAUACUAUCGUGGCCUGGUCUGCGCCAAGCAGACGAAGAGCGAAGGUGCCAUGGCCGCCGUUGCUCUGUCUCAGCCUGACGUGGAAGCACGGCUGGAAGUGUUGAAUGGCCAUGGCAAUGGCAAAGCCGUGGUCGCGUGCAUCAACAGCCCUCGGAACUGCACAGUCUCUGGGGAUACUCGGAUUGUCUCAGAGCUGUGCGACCAUCUGCAAGCUGAAGGUGUUUUCGCCCGUAAAUUGCGGGUGAACAAAGCAUACCACUCACACCAUAUGGAACAGAUUGCCGGCGAAUACUGUGCUCUACUCCAGGGCAUCACGGCAGGAGAGCCGAGCAAGACGUACAUGUUUUCGACCGUGACGGGAACACUGGUCGCAGAAGCCUUCCUAGGGGCCGGAUAUUGGGUCACGAACCUGGUAUCUCCAGUCAGAUUCUCCGACUGCCUUGGCACUGCGCUGUUUCGCCCCGCUCAGAAGGGCCAGGCCUCACUGCAAAUAGAUUCGAAUGCCGGCAACGUAUUCGUGGAUGCUGUCUUGGAGCUCGGUCCGCACGGAGCACUCCAGAGUGUGAUCAAGGAGGCUCUGGCAAGCCGGCCAGGAGGUUCUGGCGUCAAUUCUCGUGCGGUCCUGAGCCGCCACGAACCAGGGCCAGAGUCACUUCUACGUUCAGUCGGCCAUCUCUGGAGUAGAGGUUACCCGAUCGACCUGCAGACCGUGAACACCAGCUGGAGCGUCGGAAUGGCAGUUGAUGCCCCGUCGUUUCUGGUCGAGGUACCAGGUUAUGUCUUCAAUCGCUCUCAGAAACUUUGGUACGAAAGUCGACUGUCACGCAACCAUCGUCUCCGGCAAGCUCCCCGGCAUGAUUUAUUCGGCGCGCCCGUUGCAGACUGGGAUAGAGAAGUCCCUCGGUGGAGGAACUUCUUGCGAAUAGGCGAACAGCCCUGGCUUCGCGAUCAUGUUGUCACCAACUCUUACGUGUACCCAGGCGUCGGAUACAUCAUCGCCGCUGUGGAAGCAGUGCGUCAGAUCGCCGAGGUUGCUUUACCCAUUACCGGGUUUCGGUUGAAGGAUGUUUCCAUCAAACGAGCGCUGAUUGUUCCAGAUAGCAAAGAGGGCAUUGAGGUUAUGCUGAGUAUGAGCCGUGUAGAUGAUUCGAGUGUUGGAGUCUCUUCGACAUGGAGAAGAUUUCGAAUCGCCUCGUACAAUCCCGCAGCUGAUGAAUGGGUGGAGCAUUGCACCGGGUACGUCGCUGUUGACUACGAUGUCGCCACUGGACCACUUGAUGCUGGCAGGGAAGCCAAGGAAGAGGCCAACGUCAGGAAACAGCAGCUUCUGGAGGCGGAGACCAGGUGCACUACCCCCUUCGACAUCGGGAGAGCGUACGAGAACAUGUCUACUGUCGGGUUGAAGUUUGGACCUCUAUUCUGCAACGUGUCUGAGACCGCAGGAACAGGCAAUCGAGGUGGAGCCAUACUGGGCAAGGUGACGGUACCCAAUAUUGUAAAGGCCAUGCCAAAGGAGCACAUGUCACCGCACCUCAUCCACCCGGCGACAAUGGACAGCAUGAUGCAUCUUGCCCUGUGCGCAAUUAUGGAUCUUUUCGGUGGAGAAACUCUGCAAGGCCCAGCUGUUCCGACUUUCAUCAAGGGUGUUUGGUUGUCUGCGAAGCUGGACGCUCGUCCUGGCGCUCAAUACCGCGUUCAUGCGCAAACGAAACGUAUUGCUUUCGAGAAGUAUGACAACGAAAUCGUGGUCUGGGACGCCGAGUCGGGCGAGGGACGUAUCUCCAUCAGUGGCAUCCGUGCCACUCCUUUGGACUCUACUGACCGAGAAUACGGAGUCGCACGAAAGUUGUGUCAUGAUCUAACUUGGACGCCGUACCUCGACACCAUCAGUGUCGCUGAUCUCCAAUGCAACGAGAGAGCUUCACGAGCCGAUGACUUGACGAUCGUGUGGGUGCAGCGACUGCAGCUCGCGACGCUAUUAUUAAUUCAUGACGCUGUCGAGCAGCUGGAGACGGCAGAACCACCGGUAGUCCCUCAGGGUCAUCUCGCUCGGUACUUCGAAUGGUUGAAGCAGGUUCGAACGUGGAUCCAAGAGGACAAAGUUUCUGGGGUUACAAAAUCGGAAUUCGACGAAGUGAAAGACGACGCACUCGCCAAGCUGAAGCUCUAUGGCCAGAUUCAAGGGUACAAAGCAGAAGGGAGACUCGCAUACCGCAUGGGCUCCAAUAUCGUUCCAGUAUUGAAGCAGGAAAUUGAUCCUCUCCACCUCAUGUUCGGACAGGACGAUAUUCUCGACCAUGUCUACGCUGAUUUGGCGGAUCUGGGAAAUUUGCCAAGCCAGCAGGAGCAAUUCUUGAAAUGCUUGGCUCAGAACCGCACAGGUUUGAAAGUUCUGGAGGUGGGUGCCGGUGUAGGUUCUAGCACCAAAAAAGUCUUGGAAUGCCUCGCGCCGCUUGCUGAGGACGGCCGGGUCAUCUGGUCGAGUGUCGCCCAGUACACAUAUACUGACAUAUCGGCUGCCUUCUUCGAGAGGGCGAGGAAGAAGUUUCCGGCUUACCAGGGCAUCAUGAGCUACGAAGUGCUCGACGCCGAGAAGGAUGUUGCCCACCAGGGUUUCGAUCUCGGCGGUUACGAUCUGAUUGUUGCGCAAAAUGUCAUUCACGCUACGGCAAACCUCACAUCUACACUGAGCAAUUUGAGGAAGCUGCUUAAGCCUGGUGGCAGAUUCUUGAUACAAGAGGGAACGCGACAGGAUUAUUUCUGGUCUUCCCUUGCGUUUGGUCAACUUCCCGGCUGGUGGCUCAGCAUCGAGGACGACAGAAAGUGGUGUCCGUUCAUCUCAGUCUCCCAGUGGGAUGAUCUGUUGAAGAACUCGGGCUUCAGUGGCGUUGAGCUGGACAUGCCAAAUAGCCAAGACAAGAGACUUCAAAUCCAAAGUCUGCUUCUCACGCGAGCCGUAGAAGUUGAAGUCAAGCAGCCUAGGUCCAGUAACCAAACGGCUAUCAUCACCGGUCUUCCCGUUGGCGAGGCUCACAAAGAGUUGAUCUUCCAGCUGCAAAGGAGCGUCGUGAGAACGUUGCGGACCGAACAAAUCGCUGUCUUGCAUGUUGAUGAGCUCAAAGACGCGGACCUCCGCGAGACAUUAUGCAUCUGCAUAGCCGAGCUCGAUCGUCCCGUACUAGCAACAUUGACAGCAGACCAAUACGAGGGUGUCCGUCAAAUGCUGACGGUCUGCAAAGGACUUCUGUGGGUCACGGGGGAUACCUCCGAGACACCGGAUUAUGGCAUGGCCACCGGAUUGAUUCGCACAGUCCGUUGGGAACGAGACCUGGACCAUGUCAAUCUAGUGACACUCUCAGUAGUCGAGCCCAGGCCAGACGUGGAAGCCCUGGCCCAUUCUAUUAGUCAAUUGUGCGAGCACCAAUUCACCGAUACGCUUUGCACCCAGGAGUUGAAUGGAGAAUUUGAACUUCGUGCUAGCAAGUUCACCACGAGUCGGCUCAUGGAAAGCUCAGGUGCGAACCGCUUCCUUACUGCCAGGUUUAGCACCUCCACACCAGUCAUGAUGCCCUGGAAGGACGCGGGAAGGCCGGUCAAACUGUCCUCCGCAUCGCCUGGCGUCCUGAGCAAGCUUGGGUGGGUGACAGAUGCCGUUUACGAUACUCCUCUAGAUCCGACGCACGUUGAGAUUGAAGUAAAAGCAAUGGGUCUCAACUUCCGGGACCUGAUGAUUGCGAUGGGCGAGCACAUGGCAUAUAGCAUUGGCUGUGAGGCAUCGGGCACCAUCUCUCGCAUCGGUUCCGACGUUACUGACGUGCAGGUCGGCGAUCGCGUGACGUACAUUACCGGGUUGGAUCACGUAGGUUGUUUCCACACGUUUGGACGAGUGGACCAGUCUGUCGUCACCAUCAUCCCGGAUGAGCUAAGCUACGAAGAGGCCGCUGGGCUCCCUGCGGUCUACGUUACCGUGCUCUACGCUCUGCGCGAUGUUGCACGUCUGGCAAAGGGUGAAAAAAUUCUAAUUCAUGCUGCUGCUGGAGGCGUAGGUCAGGCUGCUAUCAACUAUGCGAAGCAUGUUGGCGCUGAAAUUUAUGCGACCGUCUCGACGCCGAAGAAGCGGAGUAUCUUGGUCGACGAGCACGGCAUUCCGGAAGACCACAUAUUCUCCAGCAGGGAUCUCACCUUCGCUGCUGGAGUGCGCAGAGCGACCGCUGAUGAAGGGGUGGAUGUCGUCCUCAACUCACUCGCCGGAGAUGCCCUCCGAGCUUCCUUGGAUCUCUUGGCUCCCUUCGGCCGCUUCAUUGAAAUCGGCAAGAAAGACAUUCAAUCCAACUCGAAGAUCGGCAUGCAUCCGCUACUACACGCCACGUCUGUCACCUGCGUGGACUUGGUCACGAUGAUGAAGAAACGUCCGAAACUGGUGAAGGGGCUCAUUGAUGACACCGUAAAGCUCUGGACCGAGGGCAUCGUGAAAUCAGCUCGGCCGACGACCGUCUGGCCUUUGUCGAAACUUCAAGAAGGCUUUCAGCUCCUGCAAUCAGGCAAAGGGGAGGGUAAAAUGGUCUUCGUGCCACAGCCAGACGAUAUCGUGCCUAUUGUGCCUGCACAACCGCCAGAAUUCCGCCUGAAGUCGGACGUCACGUAUGUUCUCAGCGGGGGUCUCGGUGGCCUUGGCAGAAGUAUUGCUCGUUGGAUGAGUGGGAAAGGGGCGAGGCAUUUCUUGUUUUUGUCCAGCAGUGGACGUAUCACGCCAGCUGUGGCGGAUAUGAAAGCGGACCUGGAAGCGGUUGGAUGCAAAAUCUGCAUUUGCAAGUGCGACGUCGGUGACGCGACCCGCCUACGCUCAGUGUUGGACGAGCACAAAACCAUCUUGCCGCCGAUCAAAGGUGUCGUGCAAGGCGCAAUGAAGCUCUCGGAUUCAAUCUUCGAAAACAUGACCUUCGAAGCAUACAGGGCUGCAGUUCACCCCAAAGUCGCGGGCUCAUGGAAUCUACACAAUCAACUUCCCUCUGACCUAGAUCACUUCGUGAUGCUGUCGUCAGCAACUGGCAUCAUUGGCAACCGCGGCCAAGCCAACUACGCCGCUGGUAAUACCUUCCAAGACGCUCUCGCUCACUCUCGCCGCCGCCAAGGCCUUGUUGCAUCCAGCAUUGAUGUCGGCGCUAUCCUCUCAGUCGGCUACGUCGCCGAGCAUAAUGAACGAGUUGCGAUUACCAAGGGCAUGUCUGUGGAGCUGGAACACAUUAGAGAGGAAGAGCUCCUUGCCAUCAUCGAACACGCCAUGGAUAGUCGACAGCAAGCUGCCGCCCAAAUCGUUACUGGACUUACGAACAGAGAUCACUACAGAGUAAAGGGUAUGCCGACUCCCACGUACAUGGAUUUCCCGCUGUUCGCUCGCCUGAAUGCGGGGAGCGUCAAUGGAAAUGCAGCAUCUGGAGAGAGCAUCGAAAUGGCCGUUGACGCUCUUUUGAGCGCCGCCAAAACACUAGAGGAAGCGAUAAACAUCGUCACCGAUGCUGUUGUCGCCAAGCUUUCCGGCCUGCUCUCCGUGUCUAUAGAGGAUAUCGACGCUGAGAAGAGCAUAAGUGCGAACGGCAUUGACUCUUUAGUUGCGAUGGAGCUGAGGACAUUCUUGGUGAGAGACGUCAAGGCUGAUGUACCUAUGCUAGACAUUAUGGGUACCUCUAGCAUUAAGGUCCUGUCAAGGAAAAUUGCGACUUUGAGCCGGGCUGUUCAGCUCGAAGGUAGCGGAGGCGAUGUGGAAAGUUGA